UGGACAGUACCGGCAAGUCUCCAGUGGGAAAACGCUAAGUUUAUUAAUCGCGGUCCCAUCCCAGUCGUGUUCCCAGAACACACAUUUAUUGCGUGCAUGCGCCGUGAAUUCUGCAUCGCGUAUCGAUCUGUGACAACUUUCAAGCGUCGUUCUCGGACACCUUCUCAGUUUUUGCACUUUUCCCCUCCGUUACAGAGCUUCAAUUCCUCAUAAGCGCUUUAGAUCACAAUGGCUACAGCAACUGGCAUUUUUCUGCUGUCUCUGACUGCGAUUCCCGUGAGUUACACGCUGAACACGGUGCAGACAUUCUCCCAAGACCACCGGGCGGUGUUUGCCGUAGCCUGCCUGGUUAUACCGCUAGUUGUGUUCCUGGCGUAUCUCAUCAGCCGCAGGGCAAAGCCCAGAGAUUGGUUCUUCUAUGUGUUUUCAUUGUUUGCAUGGACUAGUGUGAUCGAUAUCAUACUCGCCCUGUCUGCUGAUGGAAUCAUCGCCAACUUCAUUGACUUCUACCUAAAGGAGGGUGAGCCCUACCUGAACACAGCUUAUGGCAUGAUGAUCAACUAUUGGGAUGGUACCGGUCAUUACUUCAUGUACAUCAUGAUGAUAACUGCUAUAGCCUGGAAUGAAAAUUAUCGUGAGGUUGGUCUCUACUGGGUGGGGUCCAUCAUGAAUAGCAUUAUUGUCUUCAUGCCAGGUAACAUCUUGGGCAAGUUUGGUUCUGAGGUCAGAUCGUCGUACUUCCUGAAUAUACCCUAUGUCUUCCUACCAGUGUAUGCUGGGUACCGGUUUCUACAUGAGAGAAAACCAACAAAGGGGUCUGUCAAACCAAGCAGUAUCUUAUCUCGACCUGUGGAUCUUGUCUUUGUAGUCUACCUCAUCGGGGCAACUUUAUUAGCCUUCGUCCGCUUCUUGGCUGCGUUAGAUAGCCCCUUCCCCUUUGCACAGAUGUACCUGAAGGAUUACGAGCCCUACCUACACGAUCCAGUGUCCUACCCCAAACUACAGAUGCUGACAUUCUGGUUUUACUAUGUUCCAUACUAUGCUGCCACCAUCUGGGCCCUGCUUUAUCCUGGGGCAUCCUGGGUGUCAGACUGGGCAAUAAUACAUGCAGGUGCAUCUGCGCAGGCUCAGGUUUCUCACAUUGGUGGUUCCCUUCACUCCAACACUCCCUACAUCUACCGGGUCCCUGCAGAGGGGCGGACAGUCUUCCUGAUCAUAAAUGUGACACUAUUGGUUGUUCCACAGCUGUUGGCAUGGCGAUGCUACUCAGUAGCCACUGGAAAAGCCUCAGACAGCAAAGAUGAUUAGCAUGAGCAGUUUGAUGCUCAUGAGUGUGUUUAUGAAACGACAGAAUGUGGAAUAAUGAUUGAUUUUUUGUGUAAAUCUUGAUGUAUUCCGAUUUUUAGAGUGAUCUUUAAAGCAUAUUUUCUAAUUUCAAAUUGAGAUGUUUGUACUUGAAAAGCUCUUUGUCGGGCUUGGUUUAUACUGAACCAUUAGUUUUUAAGAUUGAUUUCUGUGUUUUUGUUCACAGGAGUUAUAAUCCUCCAAAGAAUAUUGAUUGUCCAGAAAAAAUGUUGAUGUAUUCUUAACAUUAUUCAAUUAUCAUAAGAAUCACUCUGAACCAAAUCAAAAAUUAAAGAUAACACUUAUGCAUUACCUAUUUUGACUGUAGGGCCUGAAUAUUUGUGAGAUAGUUGAAAUUGUGCUUUCAUUACAGCAAAUUACGCAGUUCCUGACUAAAUCCCUGUCAUUUGAUUGGAGGUCGCCAAGCACAUGGCAUUUAUUUACUCGGUAUAUUCAAUAGUACAUCUGUUAAGUGUACGUAUUAAAUAUACCAUUGCGUUGCCUGCAUGUUGUAGGCUCAGAUAUGGCUCUUCGCACAGGCAAAGAACACUGCACCAUGUGAUGUGCUGGUAAGGGACAGUUGCAGCUCUUCACAGACGAAAUUUCAGUCACAGAUCAGAAUGCAAACACUCUGUGUUGCACCAAGCUGAGAAAGUAAAAUGUCAACUUGUGAUUCAAGGAUGUAGUCAGGCAUUGCAUAAGACAUUAGGAAUGUUUUACAUUCGUGGAAUGGGAAGAAUUUCAUUUGGUUUCAUCUUGUGGAAUGGAACAUUCAAUUUGACACCUCAAGAAACUGUGUAAUUUGAAUAAUAUCUCUCUGUUUUAGUUGAAUAGUCAUAAAAUUUAAAACCCAGCUCACAGGAGGGUCCAAUUUCAAAGAGCUGUUUAACAGUUAGAAGAAAAGUCGUGCUUACUGUAGUAGGUAAAUUUGUUAACUGUAAGCACUAUUUCAUGGCAGUUUUGACCUGGUUGUGGUUAUGAUUGCAUGUGCAUCAGUGCUGCAUUUGAGUCCACCACAAGUCCCUGUAAGUUCAUCACAAGUCAUUUAGUCUUAAGCAAGUUCACAAGCCAUUCAAAUGAGCUGUGACAAAAGCAUUGUGUUGUUAUUGUUCACCCUUUUACUUAUGGCUGGCCUUGUGAAAGGACUUGAGAACGGACUUGUGAUGGACUCAAAUACAACACUGAUGUGCAUAGAGAUUUCCAUUUUUGCCUCCAAGGAGCUGUGCUUUCUGCUUAUGACUUCCAUGAAAUAUUUGGAGCCCUUGUUAGUGUAAAAUCAUAUGCUUUAGCAAGUUAGCAGCACCAUGAACUUGACCCUGCUCACAUUAUGUCAUCAAAUAUGGUGUCUGUCUCUUCCAGUUCUGGGCCAAUUUACAUAAUAUCUUCUAAAAACUCAAAUGUUAUUUGAAUAAGUUGAAAUAAUGACUCUUCUCUCAGAUCAAAGCAUGGGUUGAUGAUGAUUUGUAUUAAAAUAAGUGAAAAUUUAGAGUUUCCAGCUGAAUUUAUUUAUAAGUUAUAUUCUAAAAUCCAUCAUUUUUAAUUGUUGCAUGAGUUAAUGUAGCCACACGAUUUACCUCUAAAUUUAUGAGAAUUUUGUCAAAUGAUUUACACCAGUGGAAAAAAGAGCUUUGACACAAGAUGCUGCAUUUUGUUUGAAAUAGUUUCUCUGAAACUUUCUGGUGUGUCUAGUUCUCUUUUCAAUUAAAGUUUGAGUGACUAUGAAAUGGCCACCACUCGUUCAGUACAGCAUUUGCUUAGGCUGUGUCCGAAGCACUUGGCUGUUGCUUGACGUUAUAGACAAAGUUUAGGAUGGUGUCUGCAGCCGGUACUCAUAGAGUGGUGUGUAAGUUUAAGCCACAGCUAAUUAAUUUGGACAUGACCUUACUCGAGGUCAGAAAUACGUAGGACCUCUUCUGUCAAAGCUUGGCUUCAAGUCUGACUGUGGCCGAGCAGUUGUUUAUGGGCCUUGCAUGUUUGGACCAAAUGAAAAGUCUUCCAUCUAUGGGUUGCUUAUGUUCCCUAGCAACUCUCUUAUGCUUACUGUGCUAGUAAAAAAAUGUGCUCCCUAAAAAAGGGAAAAGAGGAGAGAAAAGAGGAGAGAAAAAGAGUGGUGUUUGUUUUUAACUAAAAGCCAUUGUUUCUGGGUGGUGACACAUUGCCAAUAUUAAAUCUUUUAAUAUUUUCAGGAGUUAUAUAAGGAAUUUUAACUUUUAAACAAAAUUGUGUGGAAUAUUUUACUCUUUUUCAGGCAAACAGUGGACACAGAAAUUUUCCAGGAUUUCAAAAGUGUGCUAAUAUGUUUCCCAUAGUCUUUUGACAUGGGUUACCACAUUUACAUUACUAAUGAAUAAAACAUUUUAUCAUGACA